AUGUGCGUGCAUUAUAACCCUAACCAGGUGCUAGGUCCAAAAUGCAGUAAUGGUCAAAAUAUCACCAUCACCGAGGAGUUAGCUACAAAACUGUUGGACGUGACCAAUGCGAUAAGGAGCAAAAUAGCCAAUGGCAGAGAAGUAGGCAAGGAUGGCGAGAUGCUACCACGGGGAUAUGGGAUCUUUCGAUUGCAAUGGGACAACGAGCUGGCAACAUUCGCACAAGUGCUGGCCAACCAAUGUACCCUACGACAUGAUCUGUGUCGAUCCACCAAAAGAUUCCCAGACCCUGGACAAGGAGUCGGUCUCGUGAGAUUUUCGUACCCAGAUUGGAAGAUCAUGUCCAGAAAACAGGACCCUCCUGGAUUAACUGAUUCCAAAAUGUCGUAUGCCGUCACAGUGACCCUCAAAAAUUGGUACUCGCAAAAAUCUGAUGUCACCGAAAAAAUGGUGAAGAUGUACCCUGACUAUAGUUUAACACCUAGUUUAGGAGCACCAGGUCGUCUUUACCUAGAGUUGAUAAACGGUGGAGCAACACACAUGGGCUGCGGGAUGUCUGCUUAUUCUGAAUACAUCUAUCACAAGGACUCACGUCAAGAUGUUUACAACUCUAUGAUAUUAGUAUGCAAUUAUUCUGUACGACCUCGAAAAGGGCGUGAAUCUUAUAUAACGGAGCCACCAGUACCAGGCCAAGGAUACAGCUCCCAAUGUGGUUGCCCUCCGGGGUCUGAGGAAGAUGAGGAUUGCCUCUGCAAUCUAGUAACAAAGAACGCUGAACGUAAAUCCCCAGAAAAGUGCAACAGCCUUGAUGGCAAGGGAUGCGAGCCGACCUUGGUUCUAUUGCCUAUAUUCACAAUGGAAGAAACACCCUCUGACAAAUUAUUCGAACAAGCAGAAAGUAUCAGAGACCCGUUGAAGGAUUUUAUAUUACAAAGAAUGGACAACUCCAGUGGCGCUCAAAGAAUGAGAGAAGCUCAAAAUAAUAUGUUUGACGUUUUUACUCCUCGACCAAGGACAAAACAGAAUAUUCAACAAAAUGUACUAAGAUCAAAUUCAGCCAGACCAACAGUGAACCAAAAAUUACAACAGUCAUCUAAUGUUAUAUACAGAAUGCCAGCAGCACCACCUGCGUUUCCACCAACGGAAGAUCCUCCUCUUCCCCCUCCAAGAGUACCACCACCGCCGCCUUCAUUACCACUACCUCCACCGCCGCCUCCACUACCACCUCCUCCUCUGCCGCCUCCACGUCUAGCUCGCAGCCACCACAAAACUCGUGCACCACCCCCAAUCCCACCACGACCACCACCACGCAAGCCGUACCACGCCCGUACUUCACCAAACCGAGACUACACACCAGCUCUAAGAGCACAUGAUUCACAACCUAUAGAUGCCAUACACUCUGAUGAUGAGUUCGAUCCACCAAAGAUAGGACCACCCCCAAUACCACCGAGACUAUCCCACAGACAAGUGACGAAGAAAUCUAGCAUAUUCACAAAAGUAGCACAAUUCAAGUUACCAGCUAGAAAAAGCAUGGUGUCCCCAUUUGUAACAGCAAAAAAAGAUGUUCAACCACGAAAAGAUUUUUCUAAUUUACAUAAAGAAGUCGAUGAAUAUCUUAAACGUCAACGGUUUACGUACAGAAGGGAUGGAAAUAAUGAUGUUCAUUCAGAAGUUAUUACUACAGAUUUAGAAACACCACACACAAGCGUACACGCAGAUGAAAUAACAACUGAAAUAAUUUUAAAGACUGCUGAAGAAAAAGUUAUUAAUUUCAAUCAGUACUUAAAGGAAAAGAAGUACAAUAUGGAUAAUCGCACACUAGACGUGAUAGUUAAAGAUGAAAAUGACAAAGACAACAAGCUACUGUCUCUUCUCAAUACGUUGGAGAAAGAAGUGAAACAUAUUGCACUUGACGGCAACGAAAAAGAAUUGUUUGAUGCAAAAAUUAGAAAAAUUUACGGAUCUAUCGUAGGCACCACUGACACAACAUUACUUUCACCUGUUACUACAAACGCUUAUGAUUCAGAUAUUGCCGAAAUCGACAUUGGUAACUCGAAGAAUUCUGGAAAGCACGAAGUUGUCAAUUUCACUGAAGACGAAAAACGUCCACAUGAAAUAAGAAAAAGCAGUGUACCUCCCAAAGAAGAUGCACAAAUGGGUCAUACAAAGAAUUAUGAUUACUUAGUACACUCAAGGAAAGAAAAGUUUAAUUAUGAUUUGCUACAUAAAAAGUACAAUAAUAACUUAGAUGAAAAUGUUUUCAGUGAUACGGAAGGCAAACAUGAUGUUUACGAUCAUAACAAACAUAGUUACAAUUAUGGUCAUAAAUAUGAAUCCGAUGCGGAACAAAAAUACAUGGACGAAUUUGAAAAUAAAUAUAACGAAAAUCUGGAUCAUAAUAAGUACAGUGAAAACAAUUUAGAUCGCAAAUUUGAUAUAAGGCAUAAAUAUAUUGAAAAUGACAAUAUGAAUCAUAAGUUUAACGAAAUCUUACCAGUUCAUAAGAACUUAUUAUUAAAGUAUGCAGGGAAAGAUUUCAAUGAAUUCAGAGAAUUUAAACAUAAUUCCUUAACUUCAAUGGAAGAUAAUGCAAUUAGACACAGUAAUUUACUGAAAUUUAGGAACAGAGAUUUAAUAAAAGGUAGCCAUGAUCGUCAAGACAGGGAUGGUCACAGAAGCAAAGAACCCGACAGGAAGCAUAGAGAUAAAAUAGAAGUAAAAAGAAACAAAAUAUAUCAUUACCGCGAUGACGAUAUAAAUGAUCCGUUAAGUUUAGAAAGAAGAAAAUAUUAUCAAGAUAAGUUAGAAAACAUUGAAAAAAGACUUCGUUCAAGUUCAAGAAAUGGUAGACACAAGAACGACCAUGGAGGCGAUAGACAAAUGCGUCGAAUGAAAUCGGGUAUAACAAGAACAAGAUCCAAAUCCGACAACAUCUACAUUCCGUCGAGUGGAAGAUUUAUACACUCAUUCUGA